GCACACCCACUUGAAUUGUUGGUAAUCGUUGUUAUUGUUAUUGUUAAACUCGAUUUCCUAUAUAUUGAUAAUAGUUUCUGGGGAGUGUCUCAUUUCUCCGGCAACAUGAAGCUGUCAUGGGUUUUCGUUGCUGUCGCAACAACCCUUUUCGUACAGAAUGUCAUGUCGAAUACCAUUUCUACUGCCGAAGAGAGGCUGGUAGCAGCUAUCACGGAAGAAGUUGAUAUAUUGGCAAAGACCGGAGUCGUUACAGAAAAGCUUAAGGCGUACUUAGCCGACUUGGCUUUUCCAACUGUGAAACGGAGCACUGAUUUGACCAAUUAUAUCGAACAAAGAUCAUCCCUUACGUGCACAUUAUGCACAUCUCUAGUCAACGUUAUUAUGGGUUACCGUAAAAUAGGAAUGGCUGAGGAGACGAUCAUAAGUACAAUCACCACUCUUUGUGUCAAUCUGAACAUUGAAGGGGAAGACGUUUGCCGUGGAGUUAUAGAAUUGAACGCGCCCAUUGCGUUCUAUAUUGUCGAUCACAAGCCAAGCCUUGCUGCUGCAUCUGUUUGCGGCAUAGUGCUUCAAAGUAGUUCUUGCCCAUUGACAGACGAGGAAUUUGAAUGGACAGUCGAAGUUGAUGACAGUGAACCUGUGCACAUAUCAUCAGAAGAAACCGAAGAGACAUUCAGGAUUGUCCAAAUAUCUGACCCUCAUUAUGAUCCGGUUUACGAAGCUUAUGGUAACGCGUACUGUGACGAACCUACAUGUUGCCGUGUAGGUCAGAAUGAUACAAACACAAGCGGAGCUGUUGCUGGCUAUUGGGGAGAUUAUAACGAUUGUGAUUCACCUUGGUACGCUAUCACAGAUACGCUAGACCAGAUUAAGCGUCAGGAACAAGAGAUAGAGUAUGUUUACUUUACCGGAGACAUCAUAGAUCAUGGAGUUUGGGAGACAACCAGAGAAGGUAACAUCGAGUCCAUAAAGAAAACAUUUAAGCAAUUGUACGAAACCUUUGGAAGCGUACCGGUCUAUCCUAUUUUUGGAAACCAUGAGCCAAAUCCGACCAACGUGUUCGCACCUUCCGAUGUCACCGACGAUGAGUACGAGGUGUCCACAUCAUGGCUUUACGAGCUGUCAGCGGAUAUUUGGAUACAAUAUGGAUGGUUGCCAGAGUCAACGCGUUCCACAAUUCUGGAGGGCGGUUAUUACACACUAUCGCCGAAAACGGGAUUUAGAAUCAUAGCUCUGAACAACAACAUCUGUUACGUUUACAACUGGUGGCUUUUGUACGAGCCGCAAGAUCCGAGUGGUCAAUUGAAAUGGCUGGCCGAUACCCUUCUGCAAGCAGAAAUAGAUGGAGAGUUUGUUCACAUUCUGGCGCAUGUGCCUCCUGGUACUGGCUCUUGCCAAUACACGUGGGGAAGGGAGUAUCGAAAGAUCAUCAACAGGUUUGCCCACAUUAUUCCGGCAGAGUUUAAUGGACACAGCCACAAUGACGAGAUCCGUAUUAUCUAUGACUUGGAAAAUACAACCGAAGCUAUCAGAGUGGCUUGGAAUGGAGGCAGUAUCUCGACGUACAGCGACGUCAAUCCAAAUUACAAAGUUUACUCAGUUAAUGCCAACAACUAUAGAAUCGAAGAUGUUGACACUUGGAUCUACAAUUUAACUUUGGCCAAUGAAACACCUGAUAAAAAUCCAGCCUGGUUCAAGUCUUACUCUUUUAAAGAACAGUACGGACUUGAAGAUCUCUCGCUGACUUCAUUGAAUGACUUGGUGCUUCGAAUGGCAAACAAUCGUUCCAUUAUCUCAACUUACUACGGUCAUUUUGUGAAACAAUCCGACCCGGGACUGGAGAGCGGCUGCAGCGAUAGUUGCCUCACUAAUCAACUCUGCAAGAUUGUUACUGCGGUUGCUGACGACAGUACUCAAUGUGAUUACUUCACCAGUUUGGCUUAACAAGCAAAGACUCAUUUACAGUAUAUAAUCGGUCUGCGAUGGUAACAUGGUAUUAAUGAAAUGAAUAAUAACUUCUACGAUUGUAUAUCAAAUAUUUCGGCAUUCACAGUUUCUGUACACGUAUCAAUAUAUUAAUCGUUGCAAAUAUACUUGACACCGUUA